GCCGGGGUAGCUCGUGCUGCCUGAAGUCAACUAUUGCCCUGGGCGGGGUUUUUCUUCCGCACGGCGUCCAGGAGGUACCCUCUCGUGCGACGGCAGCAUUAACUAUAAGCGGUGUUUCCGGCGCACCUGCGCACGGUAGCGGUCCCCCUGCAGGAGCGGGCGGUCCAAGAGCACAAAAGACUAAAGAAUGAAAAGUCCAUUCUACAAUAACAACACCUUCAGUAAUACAUUGUCUUUGCCAGCUUUACAAUGAUUAGGAAUGACUGUGCAACUAUCUUCUUUACUACUGGCUAAGCAGCGUUAAUUGGAAUAUCUGGUCUUUUAAGCCACAAUAUUUGAAUGCUGAACACUGGCCAAAUAUAAACAGUGUGAUGUUGAAAUGAGAUGAGGCUCCGAAAUGGAACUGUGGCCACUGCAUUAAUUUUCAUCACAUCUUUUCUCAGUUUAUCGUGGUAUACAGCAUGGCAGAAUGGAAAAGAAAAGCUGAUUGCUUAUCAAAGAGAGUUUCAUGCUUUGAAGGAACGCCUUCGCAUAGCUGAGCACAGAACCCUGCAACGUUCUUCUGAAUUAAAUACCAUCCUGGAACGGUUCAGACUGGCAGUAGCAGAAACAAACGGAAGUAAGGAUGCACUGAGCAGUGUUUCAGAUGAAACAUUAAAGUUGUUAAAUGAGCUGACAAGCAGAAGAUCUCUUCAAGUGCCAAAUAUAUAUUACCACUUGCCUCAUUUGUUGAAAAAUGAAGGAAGCCUUCGACCCUCUGUACAUGUUGGCCUUGGACGAACAGGAGUUUCUAUAGUAAUGGGGAUUCCGACUGUCAAGAGAAAAGUAAAAUCUUACCUUACUGAAACACUUCACUCACUGAUUGACAAGUUGUCGCCAGAGGAGAAAUUGGACUGUGUUAUGAUCGUUUUCAUAGGAGAGACAGAUCUUGACUAUAUAAAUGGUGUUGUAGCAAACCUCGAAAAUGAGUUUUCUACAGAAAUUCGUUCUGGUUUAGUGGAAAUAAUAGCUCCCCCUGCAUUCUACUAUCCUGACAUGAAAAAUCUAAAAGAGACAUUUGGAGACUCAAAAGAAAGAGUCAGAUGGCGGACAAAGCAAAAUCUGGAUUACUGUUUUCUUAUGAUGUAUGCACAGAAAAAGGGUGUUUACUACAUUCAGCUUGAGGAUGACAUCGUUGUCAAGCAGAAUUAUUUCAGCACAAUAAAAAAUUUUGCACUUCAGUUGUCAUCAGAAGAUUGGAUGAUUCUAGAAUUCUCUCAGCUGGGAUUCAUUGGUAAAAUGUUCCAGUCUCCAGAUAUUACACUCAUUGUACAGUUCAUAUUUAUGUUUUAUAAAGAGAAACCAAUUGACUGGCUCUUGGAUCACAUUCUUUGGGUGAAAGUGUGCAAUCCUGAGAAAGAUGCAAAACAUUGUGAUCGCCAGAAAUCAAAUCUCAGAAUACGCUUCAGGCCUUCACUUUUUCAGCAUGUGGGUCUCCACUCUUCCCUAGAAGGAAAGAUUCAAAAACUCACAGAUAAAGACUUCUUGAAACCAUUAUUGCAUAAAAUUCAUGUGAACCCACCAGCAGAGGUUUCUACAACAUUAAAGGUCUAUCAGGGGCAUGCUCUGGAAAAAGCCUACGUGGGUGAAGACUUUUUUUGGGCUGUCACACCAGUUGCUGGAGAUUACAUCUUGUUUAAAUUUGACAAGCCAGUUAAUGUAGAAAGAUACCUGUUCCAUAGUGGCAAUCCAGAACAUCCAGGGGAUAUAUUGGUCAAUACAACUGUGGAAGUAUUACCUCUUAAGAAUGAAGAGCUGGUAUUAAGCAAAGAAACCAAAGAGAAACGGUUAGAAGAUGGGUAUUUCAGAAUAGGCAAAUUUGAAAAUGGCAUAGCAGAAGGAGUAGUUGUUCGCAGUCUAAAUCCAAUUACAGCUGUCCGGCUGUUCGUCAUACAAAAUUCAUCUGUCUGGGCAAUUAUAAAUGAGAUUCAUAUUAAAAAACUCCCCAAUUGAUCAGUAUAGAAGGAAGAAGAAAAAAGGUAUUUUGAACACUUUUGCAAAAUCGUCCAAACUGCAGAAGGAAGACAUUGAGUAUGCACCUUAUUUCAACUGAAUUUCUCACUGAAAUGCUACCUCCUGUGAAAUCUACUGUAGUUGAGAAGACUGACUCAGCAAGAAGGAUUUAUUACAGUAUAGAAGCCGAUACUCACCUGGCAUUAUUUAUCUAGAUCCAUAAUUUGAACAUAACUUUGGCUGGCUAGGAAGCACAGAAACCUUCCUCAGCCUGUCCAAUGGUGAUGGGUUAAAUACAUAAAUGGUGUACAUAUUGUUACAUUCCUUGGAAAUGAAAAAAGGUGUUAAAUACAUUUUAUGAAGAGGGUAUUUUUUGAAAGUCCAUUUAUUUUGUUAAUGAAAACCCUCUUUUAUAGAUUAUCAGGGAUAUAUAGUCAAAAAUUUUAGGGUAUUUAAUUUAUUAAAUAAUUUGAAAAGUACAUAUUUUUAUGCCAAUAAUAACUUGAUUAAGUUUUUUUUUAAAUGCAUUACCUUACUCCUUGAGUUAACUCUACAUUUUGCUUGGUUCAUGAUCAUAUUUUGUAAUCUAUUGCCAUGGUUAGAAAAGUAAGACUGAAUUUGCCAAUGAAGCACUUUUGUACCAUACCAGAUUCUCCUGCACAAAUCCCACUGAAAUAAGAAGGGUUUCCACAGAAGAACAUCCUCUGAGAGGUUCACAGAAUCAAGGAUAUGGUGUUCAAAGAUACAAACAUGGCAUGCAAGGACUUUGAAGAACAUUACCUAUGGUUUUCAUGGCCCUGGAAUUAACGAAUUUUAUAUUUCAAUAGUGUGUGUGAAGUCUGCAGUAAUUUAAAGUUUGGAUCAUUCCCCAUUAAAGGGGCACUUUGAUAACAGGUUGUUCUUUUUUUAAUCUUUGUAAAGUCUUCUUCAAUACAAUCAACCAAGCUGCUCCUUUGGAUAGCAGUGCAUUCUGAAAUCAACGUUUUUUGGUUUUGCAUCCCUUUUGAAUGAACUCUGAUCAGUGCUUUUGAAUGAUUUAAUUUAGCUUUAUGUUAGGCAUAAUGGAAAUAGGUACGCAGCAACCUCAACUCAGCUUUUUUAAUUGCAACUUUGUCAGUCCUUAAAUGUUGAAGUGAUUCCUAUUUCCUUAAGAUCCAGCUUCUGCUUAAAAGCAUUGCACUCCAGCUGACUGAAGCAAGGUUCCUGUGAUCUAAAUGCUUGUUGUCUUUUGUACUUCAAAGAAAAGAGAGAUGUUUGCUUGGUCAGUAGCCUUGUAGAGAGGCAAUUCAAGCACUUUGUGCUCUCUAGCACAGAAAACAUGCAAUAGUAAAGUAAUAAUAGUAACAAAACCAUUUUUUUCUUACCUAACUCCAGCCAAGUUAUGAAAAGCAAGGAUUUUUUUUGUAGUUCUGUGACUCACCUAGGUAAACUGAAUCUUCUUCAAUAGUGGUAGCUUGUAUCAUGAGUUAAUUCUUAGAUACUUCUGUGUCUUGGAUGUAAGUUUUUGCCAAAUUCACUGUCUCUCUUGCCUUCUCUCAAAGAUAGAAAUGAUUUGUAAUGUAUUGAUGGGAUUGGAUAACUGUUUUCUAUUUGAGUCUAUAGGGAGCCUGACUGCUUCUAAAGAAAAAAGAUCACAAUAUGAUAAAAUACUUGAAUUGUUUCAAAUUA